AUGGAUCAUUUCAAUUCAAUGUCAAGAGAUGAUCUUCGUAAAGAAGUCAUUAAACUUCUUGAUAUAAUGUCCGGAGGUGUAAAAAGUAAAAGAAUCCUAAAAUCACAACAAUUAAAAUCUAUGAGUACCCCAGAACUUCUGACAUUUAUUAGAGAACAUUUACAAGUAAACCAAGCUGAAAUUAGAACAUUUCCAAAUGUUCCGCUUAAAGAAAUAUUUCCUUAUGAUGAUCUUAUUUUUAGUGAUUACAAAGAAACUAGAAAAGGAAUUCAAAAGAAAGACUCUCAAAAAAGUGAAAACUUUGCUGUAAGAUCAGAAACUAAGGAAUUGUGUGUUGGUGAAGAUCGAGAAGAAUGGUAUCAUCAUGCUUGUCAAGAACUGAUGAUGAACAUGGAGAAUUUGCAAUCAAGAGGUUCUGAUAGUCACUCGACAAUGGCAUUUGGAAAUGUCAAUAUUAAACCGAAUCUUUUAUAA